GCCGCCGCCGCCAGGCCCGUGUCGGCGUACGCGCUCUUCUUCCGCGACACGCAGGCGGCCAUCAAGGGACAGAACCCGCACGCCAGCUUCGGCGAGGUCAGCAAGAUCGUGGCCUCCAUGUGGGACGGCCUGAACACCGACGACAAAAACGUGUACAAAAAGAAGACAGAAAACGCCAAAAAAGAGUACCUGAAGGCCCUGGCAGCCUACCGAGCCAGCCUCAUCUCCAAGACGAACAGCGAGGAGCAGCAGCAGCCCGCGGCAGGCAUGUUCAGCGGCUACGGCGGCUACCCGAACACGCCGUUCACCACCGGCGGAUACCCGACGCCGUACACGGGCAGCGGCGCCGCGCUCGCUAAGAAGUCGCCGCUGCUGACGUCGCUGAUGAGCGACGGCCACCAGCCGCAGCAGGAAAUGCUGGGCGGCUCGAUGGCGCCGCCGUCGCUGUACCCGCCGGCUGGCCUGCUGGGCGGGCCAGGCUACCACGCGGCCGGGCCGGCGCCGACCGGCCAGAUGAUGCCUCCGGCCUCCCAGCCGCUCUACAUGCACCACCAGCAGAUGGCGGACCACCAGCUGGGCAGUCCACAGCAGCAGCAGCAGCAGCAGCAGCAGCAGCAGCACCUGACGUCCCACUCGCCGCCGAGCCUCUCAGCCGUGCUGUCGCCCCAGCCACUGGGUUCUCCGCCCAUGGGAGCGGCGCCGCCCAACAUCGCCCAGAUGCAGCAGCUCACGCCCCAGCAGCAGCAGCAGCAGCAGCAACAACAGCAGCAGCAACAGCAGCAACAGCAGCAGCAAAUGGCACAUCAACAGCAUCAGCAGUUGUUAAUGAUGCAGCAGCAGCAGCAACAUCAGCAGCAGCACGAGCUUCAUCGGCAGCAGCACGAGCUUCAGCAGCAGCAGCAGCAACACGAGCUUCAACAAGUGGCGCCGUCGGCGGCCAGUCCGGGCAACUCGUCGGGCUCGCCGCUGCAGGCGGCCGCCGCCGAGCGAGCCAGCACGUGCAUCCGCGCUGGCUGCGGUAACCCGCCCGUCAGCAACCCCGAGUGGGAGGACGAGUACUGCAGCAACGAAUGCGUCGUCAACCACUGCCGGGACGUGUUCAAGAACUGGGUCUCGUCCAACACGGCGGCCGCGCUGCCGCAACCGCCGCCGCCCGCGGCGCCCGUCAAGUAGCCGGCGGGCCGCGGCCACGUACAAACGCCAGCAAUAGUGUCGCCACCUAUCGGCUAGCUAGUCUACUUGUGUUGCGGGUGACGGCCGCACGUGGGGGCGGUCCGUGAUUCCGGUGCGUGCGACGACGAGCGAGCUUCGUGUUACCCGAUGUGUACAUAGGUGUGCGCGGCGCUCUGGCCUGUACAUACGCGGAGAGCAUCCUUCUGCUGAACUGUCGUCGGCCGACGCGUAUUUAUUGCUGUUCACCUUGUCAGCGAGCUUGCCGGGCCGUACAGCGCACGCGAGGCAGAGAGAGUAGCGUAGUCGGAGCCUGGCGUCGCGUGGCGAGGAUCGCGGCCCGCGAGGCGUCCGGAGCCGGCGCUCCCCGGGAACGGAGCUGGGCCUCGACGAGCCCGUCAGGAGCUGGCCUCGGCGGGCCAGACAGGACCCGAGCUAUGUGUCGAGGCCGUCUGGUUGCGACUUCCGUCGCUGGAUUGGAGCGUCGGCGGCCCACAUUCCGGCGGCCGGACGGCGUGGUGCGAUCAUGUGGUGACACAGACAGCGCUCAAUGAUCACUGUACCUACUGUUCCAUACUUGACAAAGUCUAGGACGCGUUGUUGCCAAUGCAUGGCCUGUACACACAUGUAAAUACUUUGUCCUGCGGCCGUGGAGCGGCGGGCUGCGCCCGGUGGCGGAGGCGGACUAUUCAAAACGGCCCCGCCCCGCUACUGUCGUUACUGUCCAGUGACGACUGGGCUGGGCGCCACAGGCAGGAGGCAUGCCCCUUCGGUGCAGGUGGCGCCUCCCAGUGCCGCUCGUCUGUAUUUUUGUGGGCGGCGUCGGGCGCCGAGACUGGACGUUCAGCCAGGCUUCGAGAAGAGGACGGGAGGUGCCGGGUCUCGGGAGAGAGGCCGGGCGCCGUGUCGCCCUCCGUGUCGCCUCGCUCCCAUGCGUCGGACGGCGCCGAGAUGGGGCGAGCUCAGCGCACCCGCCGGCGUCCAACUUGUUGGCUACGUUGUUUGGUGUUCUUUUCUCGUGUAAGAACGUACGUGUAUAUUACUUCAAUAAGAUCAGUCAUAAAACUGAA